AUGAACAGUCAAAGUUGUGUGGACGCAAAUAACAUACACGAAUACAAUAAUACAAAAAACACACACUAAAAUUCAAAUAGAAAACGUAUCAAAAAGUAUAACAAAUAUUGCAAAAAAUCAUUAUUAAUUAAUUGCGCACGAAACACUUAACAAUGUUUGCAUAUUAAAUCAACCAAAGUUUACGCGCAAAAGCCGCUCUCAAAAAAAAAAAAAAAAAUUCCAACACAGCCGAAGCACGUGUGUUCAAUAAGAACUUUAAAACGGCAGCAGCAAAAAAAAAGAAUCAGUUUUUUUCUUUUGCCUGACAACGACAACACUAUUAAACGCGAGUGUAUGUGUGCGUGUAAGUGAGCUGUUCAUAGUGCAAAAAGCAGCAGCAGCAAUAAAACAUUGCCAACAGCAGCAGCAGCAGCAAGUAAAACAAACAGUGCAAAGGCAAAGACAAAAAAAAAAAAAAGGAAGCACAUCAAAUCAGCUGACUCUUGCGCACUCUCUCCCACAAAGCUACUUUACUCUCGCAGUGUCGAACACUCUCCAACGCUCUCACACUCUCAUUCUCUCUCGGUGUAUGUAAAGUGCAUCCUAGCUGCAGCGGAAGCUUCGCUCGCACAUUUUGUGUAGAGAUUUCUUUUGUAUUGCUUCCGCGUCCUACGCGACCCUUCGAACUUCGAAAGCGCACUUGUGUUCGUGUCUAACAGUGUGCGUCAGUCUCUGUGUGCGUGUGUGUGUGUGUGUGCUCGCUCUUGUCACAUGCGCGCUCAGUCAGCAUAGACAGCAGCGUCGGCAGCAGAAGCAGCAGCAGCGAUAAUAGCAGAGCGGCUACGUCGACGACACCCACAACGCCCGAAGACAGCGCUAAGCGAACAGUCGUCGUCAGGCAGCGGCAGCAGCAGCGUCAGCAGCAGCAGCAAAAAUACAAAAACACGCCACGCGCUGAACAAAACAACACAACUACAACUACAACUGCAACUGCAACUACAAUUUGACCACAACAAGGACAACACUUUAAAGCAAGCGACAAAAAACGCAAGCGAAACGCGCGCGCGACAUUUUUGUGCAAAGUGCAAAAAUUGUGAAUUGUGCGAAAAAUUGUGCGUGUGUCCAACCUAUCUAUCUAUGUGUGUGUGACGCCUAUGUGGUGUGUGUGUCGGUGAGCUAGCUAGCUGUCAACAUUUUUCAUCGAUUUUCGGCUCCUCCUCGUGUUUCGUGUGCUGACGCUCGUCGCCGUCGCCUUUGCCUUCGCCUUCGUCGUCAUCGUCAUCGUCGUUGUUGUCGUUGUCGUUGUCGUCGUCGCGACUUCCAAGCAUCAUCCGUGUCCUCAUCCGUGUGCUUGUGUGUGAGUGACUGUGUGUGUGCGUGCGCGCGUGUGUGUGUGUGAGUGUAAAUAUACUACACACCCCCGCCCACACUCUCCUGCCCUCCGUCAAAACUCGAUCAGGCUCAAAACAAAAUUCUCUCUCUCACACUCUCUCUCUCUGUGUCUAUAGCUAUAUCUAUCGCACGCCGGGCGCUGACACCCCCCACUCCACCCCCUCAACGCUACAGUUUAACUGUUAUUAAGUUUGUAAACUACACGAUAACUAUGCAAAUGCCAUACUAGUGCUUUAUGACUGUACAAUAAAAAUUCAACUACAAAAAUAAAAAACAAAAAAACACAAAAACCAAAACAAAAAAAGCAACGCAAAAAGCAAUUGAUUUUAUUUUUAGUGCAACACCAAAAAUAAAGCAAAGCAAAAGCAACGGAAAAAAGCCUAUAAAAUACAAAUACAAAUAACAUACGUUAAACGGUCAACAAUUAAAACAAAAGAAAAAAAAAACGCAUCGGCAUUUGAAAGAACGCUAUAAAUAAAUAACGCAAUUAGCCAAUGAAACAAAGUAUCAACAACAGCAACAAAAACAACUUUAACUAAAUUGUAACUGAAAACUAAAAUUAAAAAAAAAAACUAAAACGAAACCAAAAGAAAACCAAUCCAAACGUAUUUUGUUGUUGAUUUUAUUUUAUUAUUAAAUUGAAUGUGCAGCAUUCGCAUGUUGUUGUUAACAAUAAAAAACGCAAGAAACACACACACACAAAUUAUAAAAAUAAAUAAAUAAAACAAAUAAGAAGAACAAGAACAAAUUGUUGAAUGAAUUCGCGGUGCCUUUAUUUAUAGCGAGCAGCAGAAAAAAUAAUUAGAAAUAUAUAUAUAAACGCUAUAAAAGAGAUAUACGAAAAAAGUAAAGAAAAAUUAUAUUAUAUAUAUAUUAUAUAUUAUCUAGUUGAUAAUCGAUAAUCUACAAGCAUAUUUAGUCAAGCAAUAACGAACGUUAACGUGCAAUAUUUAAAGUUUACAUUGAAUUUAGCAUAACUUAAAAAAAACAAAAGUAAUUCAUUUUUUGUACAUUGUGAUUCCAAACAAACAAAACAAGAAAACAAUUUAUCGUUAUAAACAACAAAACAAAACAACAAAACAAAAGUUAACGCAAAUAAAUCAAAAAAGAAGAAGAAACGUUAUUUUUUAUUUGUUGCUAUUAUUAAUUAUCGUAAGCAAUUCAAAUAAUUAUUGUUGUGAGUCGGCUUUAUGCCCCGUGUUGUAACCAAUAAAAAACCAAGCAAAUCAAAUUGUGCAAAGCGAUAAACAAAAAAAGUAAAAAACACGCGCUUCAAAAAACCCUCGCAAAAUACUUUGUUGAAAUUCGUGUAUAAUCACAAAAUUGAACACAUUUUUAUGAAAAAAUGAGCGACAGGGAGCGAUCGUCCCCAACACUGAUCGAAACUGGUUUAAAAAACUUAAUCGGCGGCCGUGAUGGUAAUUAUCCACUGAUCAGCGGCAUAAAUGGCAGGAAAUCUCCAUUUUUGGGUUUUAUUUGCAAAGCAAACGGCAAAUCCACAUCGAAUAGCAAAGAAAUCAUCUGCCCGGAUGACAAAUACAAGGAGGAGGGCGACAUUUGGAAUGUUGAGGCGCAAACGGCAUUUCUCGGCCCCAAUUUGUGGGACAAAACCUUGCCCUACGAUGCUGACCUCAAGGUAACACAAUAUGCCGAUCUAGACGAGUUCUUGUCGGAGAAUAACAUACCAGAUGGAUUGCCGGGCACACAUUUGGGACACUCGGGAGGUCUGGGGCAUCGCUCCGAUUCGCUGAGUCAUGCAGCGGGUCUGUCGCUGGGUCUUGGGCAUAUAACCACGAAACGCGAGCGAUCGCCAUCGCCAUCGGAUUGCAUUAGUCCUGACACGCUAAAUCCGCCAUCCCCGGCCGAAUCAACAUUUUCAUUCGCAUCGUCGGGGCGUGACUUUGAUCCGCGCACCAGAGCAUUCUCCGAUGAAGAGCUCAAACCGCAGCCGAUGAUUAAAAAGUCACGCAAACAAUUUGUUCCAGAUGAGCUCAAGGACGACAAGUAUUGGGCGCGUCGACGAAAGAAUAACAUUGCUGCCAAAAGGUCACGGGAUGCGCGUCGGCAAAAGGAGAAUCAGAUUGCGAUGCGUGCACGCUACUUGGAAAAGGAAAACGCAACACUACAUCAGGAGGUUGAGCAGCUAAAACAGGAGAACAUGGACUUGCGUGCACGUCUAUCGAAAUUCCAGGAUGUGUAAUGAAAAAUGUGACGAAACCACAACAACAACUACAACUACAUUAUAAUAAUAAUUAUGAUAAUAUAAUAAUAUAAUUGAUAAAUACAAAAAAAAACAAGAAAACAAAAAAACGUUAUAGUAAAGCAGACAUGAAAAAAAAGUACACUAUACAAAUAUUGAAGCAUUGAAAAGUGUUUCGCUAUAAAUAAAAGUUAAAUACAUACAUAUAUAUGAUAAGCAGACACACACACAUCUAUACCAACACAUACACACACACAAACAUUUGUAAGCAGCGAUUCCUGUGUGAUCGCAUAUUUAUUUUAAACUUAACGUAAAACUAAAUGCAAAUUAACUACAACUAAAACUAAAAACAAAACAAAAAAACAUUUAACUUUACAUUUUAGUGUAGCGUAAAAAGGAAACUUUUCAACACACACACACACACACACACACACAUUGAAAAAACUAUCGCUAAAAAGUGCAAAACUAGUUGCAAAACAUUUUGUUUUUAAUUGACAAAAACUGAUCCUGAUCCACAUUUAAAUAUUGUCUAGACUCUAGAGUUGUUAAUUUUUGUUAUUAGUUUUUAAUACCAAGUUCAAUUCAUUCAUUUCACACACACACAAACACACACACACACACCCAGAGAGACAGAAAUUUCUGAUUUCUUGAUUUUCUUCUUCAACUUUAUUUUGUUGUUAAGUUUUGUUAGUGAAUUUUACCACAUAAUUAAUUUUAUUUUUGCUUUCUUCUUCUAAUCAUCUAAAUCAAUCAAUCACACACAUAUUGUAAAUAAUUUUGUUGCUUUCUUCAAAUUUGACUCAAUGAUAACAAGCAAAAUAAUAAAUAAAAAAAAAACGAAAAAACUGGAAAAGGAAAAUCCCCAAAAAAAGAAAAACAAUUAUAAAAAACCACAAAAAAAAAUAAAGAACGAAGGAAAGAAAAACUACUAAAAUUAAUACAAAAUAAAAUAAAACCAUUUAGAAAUGAGCAAAGAACUUCCCUCCUCAGUUGCCUCCCCGCUAGGCAGCUGUUAGUUUAAGUGAGCUAUGAUUUUUAUAUAUACGAUAAAGAUGAGAGGAAUACAUAAUUAAAAUGGCAGCAGACCAUGUGAAACUAUUAUUUUAUAGUUUUUGUUAUUUGUUAAUGGAAAAACAAAACAAUAAAAUCGAUGAGAAUAAACAUUUAAACAACAAAAUAGCAGCACUAACCGUAGUCAGAGAAAGCAUAUGCUUCGAUCCUUACUAUAUAUAUAUAUAUAUACACUAUAUAACUGAACCCCACUCAGACUAUAGAAAGAAAACCUUUUUCGCACACUAUUUUCUACUUUUAUUAUAUUUCUAUUUUCUCUUAGUUGCUUUAUUUUUUGUUUUAACUAAUUUGUUUGGUGUGAUUUUGCAAAGAUCUUAAAUCUUAUACAUAAUUAUUAUUAUUAUGAUUAUAUAUUAUUAUUAUUAUUAUUAUUAUAAAUAUCAUUAUUUUUAUUAUUACUGUUUAAGUUUUAUUAAUUUUAUUUGUUAAACAUUGAGUUACAUUUACCUGCAUAUUUUUAGCAUUUUAAGCUAACCACAUAAAAGCAACAACAAAAAAUAUAUAAAAAAAAAAAACAAAAACAAAACGUUAAUUAAGCAUAAAAACAAAACAAAUUAAAUAAAUUUUAUACGAAACUCUGAAAAACAAAAUUCAUUUACAAUUUAAACAAGUUUUCAUGAAGCGAUUUAUGUUUAAGCAAUUCUUUACAAAUUUCAAUAAGUUUUAUUUAUUUUUAAUGAGAAAAACUGUGCAAAACAAACUAUAACAACAACCAUUCGAAGAAUAAUAGAUUGAUAAAUGAUGAGAGAAAAACAAGAAAGAAAGAAUGAAAGAAUGAAAGAGCAAGCAAACAAUUGUGUAAUAAUAAAAGUCUAAGCGUUGCUUUCAAAUAUUGAAAAUGA